AUGGAGAGUGGUCAGCAAGUGUCUCGAAAAGCCCGGAGGCUGGGCUCCAGCCGCCGGCGUCAGACAAGAGAGCCAGCUGAUGGCCAAGAUGCCCCUUUGGCUCCAGAGCCAGAGACCUGGUCCUCUCAGGCAGCUGCAGAACUGCAGGGCUUCUUCCAGGACUGUGGUGCCAUAGAGAGGGGCUUUGUCACCCGUGAGGACCUGGCGAUGGCCAGGUUCAGCUUCCUGGGCAGCGAGGAGGAACCAGAGAUGAUCUUCAACUGGGUGGAUGUGGAGCAGAAGGGACGUCUCUCCCUUGAAGAAUUCAGCUCUGGACUCAAAAACAUCUUUGGCUCCAGCCAGAGUUCCCAGAGGCUCCGCAGAAGGAGACCAUUGCCCUCUAAGCGGGUAUCUGCUAUCACCAGCUUUCCAGCACUGGAGGAGGUUGAUGCUGAGGAGAAGGAGGCGUUCCUUGCCUUCAUGGAGCAACUGGGGACCAGCCCCCUACUUCCUGAGCAGACGGAGAUCUGGCAGCUAUGGGGUAAGCUACGGCAGGAGGAGCCCCAGCUGGCAGGCAACCUGGCAGACUUUCUAGCCAAGAUGACCAGCCGCCUGCAGGAGGCACAGGCUGACAAGGAGGCUUUGGAGCAGACCCUGAGGAAGCGGGACUCUGACCACCACCGUGAGGUCCAGCAGCUCUACGAGGAGAUGGAGCAGCAGAUCCGCCGGGAGAAGCAGCAGCUGCAGGCUGAGAGUGACUCUCGGGGCCUGGCCCUCAGCUCCCAGAUGCAGAAGGCCCUGGAAGCCAAGGAGCGCGAGAUGCAGCAGCUGGCUGAGGGCCAGAGGGAGCUGGAGGCCAAGCUCCACCACCUCAGUAGCACAAAGCAAGAAGCCAACUCGGAGAACCAGCAGCUUCGGGAGGCCGAGCGCGACUUAGCUGGGCAGCUAGAGGAGGUGCGGGGACGGCUGCAGGUGACCAGGAAGCACCUAAAUGCCGCCAGGGGCCGAGUGUCCUGGCAGAUGCAGGAGGAAACAAGUGUCUCCAGAGCAGAUGAGAUGGCCCAAGGCCCUCAGGCUAUCUCCCCUGAGGAGGCUCCUCUGCCCAGGCUGUUUGGGGACCAUGAGGACUGGGGUCAGCUCCUGAGCAGCAUCCACAGCCCUCCACACACAGCCCUGCAGCUCUCCUGGAGCCCACCCCCCACCCCAAGAGCUGCAUCAAGCCCUCAGACACCUCGUGUGGUCAGGCAGAUCUCCAUCUCAGAGCCACACACUUCGCUAUUUGGUCAAGAGCCAUCUUCAGACCCCGAUGGAGCUCCAAGGAUUCCCCCCAGGGUGACUUCCAGCACCAAGAACGAGAAAGGAGUGGACCCAGAAGGACAGGAUGUCAACCCAGAGCAGCCUGUAGAGAACCUUCCCAACCCAGACCACAGCGAGGAGCCAGAGUCUAGACCCAAGGGCCACUUCCUCUGGGAUAUCCCAGGAGCUGGGGAGUCAGGAAGCCUGGUGGCAGCUGCUCUGAAGGUGCUCACUCCUUUGGAGGGGGAACCACCUUCCCAUGUGAACUCUCUUCUUUCUCAGGCCCAAGCUGGGCCCAGCAAACAUUCAGACACAGAUGACAAGGGUCCCGGGCCUGACCCUGCCCCAGCCAAGCCACCCAGGCAGAUAGAGGUCCUCCAUCACAACCUGUACGCCACUGGUUCUGAGUCAGGGGCAGGAGCCCAAAGGGCCAGAACCCUCAUACUAAAGCCAGCUGGACUUUCCCUGGGUCUGGAGUCUGUGGGAGAUCCCACAGAGGACCUGGGGCAAGGCAAGCCGGGCCUGGCUCAGGGCAAGCUGGGCCUGGCUGUGCAGGAGGCCCAACCCGAGGAGCUGAGAGAAGGUCCUGGCCAGAGUCUGGAAAAGGAACCAAAGGCUGAGGAAGGAAAACAAGUGGAUGGGGGUGAGCAGGACCUCGGUUUAGAGCAGUCAGCUGAGGUUCAUGGUCUGCAAACUGGGCCUUCAGGACUCCCCCAGCAAGACACACAGCCGGCUCCUCUCACACCUGACUCACCACAGACAGGACCAGCAGCCUUUGCUUUUGGAAAACCAUCACCUCCAAGGGACUCUCCUCCCCUCUCCUCUAUGGGGGCUUGGCCUGGGGCUGCAGCAGGACUCCAGGAGCCCACACAAGCCAUGUCCACUAUCAUAGCUGAGCUGGAAGCUCAGCCCAGGCCCCAACCCAUGACUGCUCACUCAGAAGAACAAGGCCCCCCUCAAUCCAGGGAGCCAAGGGCAGAGAGGAGGCCUGAAGAUCUAGAGACGGGCUCCAGGGAGGCUGAGCUGACCCCAUCCCUGGGGGACCCCAUGGCCAAUCAGCCUCAGGCCAACCCUGAUUACCUCUUCCAUGUCAUCUUCCUGGGAGACUCCAAUGUGGGCAAAACAUCUUUCCUGCACCUGCUACACCAGAACUCCUUUGCCACUGGGAUGACAGCAACUGUGGGGGUGGAUUUUCAGGUCAAAAAUCUGCUUGUGGACAAUAAAUGCUUUGCGCUGCAGCUCUGGGACACCGCUGGCCAGGAGAGGUACCACAGCAUAACGCGGCAGCUGCUCCGCAAGGCUGAUGGGAUAGUGCUCAUGUACGACGUCACCUCCCAGGAGAGCUUUGCCCACGUGCGCUACUGGCUAGACUGUCUCCAGGACACAGGUCUGGACGGGGUGGUCAUCCUUCUCCUGGGAAAUAAGACGGACUGUGAGGAGGAGCGGCAAGUGCCCACUGAGGCUGGGCAGCAACUGGCCCAGGAGCUGGGGGUCUCCUUUGGGGAGUGCAGUGCCGCCUUGGGUCACAACAUCUUGGAGCCCAUAGUGAACCUGGCCAGGUCACUCAAGAUGCAAGAAGACCGCCUGAAGGGCUCACUGGUGGAGGUGGCUCCCAAGAAGCCACACAAGAAAGCUGCCUGCUGCUUCUAA